AUGCCUAAUCCCGGCCGUCCUAGUCGGGACUGCUACAACUGCCGUCAACGACGUAUCAAGUGCGACCUUAAGCGCCCUGCAUGUGGUCAGUGCCUAAGGAAAGAGAUACAAUGCCAGGGCUAUCGAGAUGAGCUUGAAGCGCGUUUCCGCUUUGAGAAUGUGUCAUCUUUCACAGGGAAGAAGGGCAAAAAUUAUCAGAGAACGAAGAUCAGUGGGCCGAGAGCGCAAGUAUUGGGUGAGGGGUUCCCGCCAGAGGCUGAUAGUGCUGGCCAAGCAACAAAUGACGGGAAGGAUUUGCGUGUCCUGUUCCCUUCGGAUCACGCUGGACUGAUAAACAGGCCAAGCAUCAGCCUUCAAUACCCACUAGCGGAGCGAUGGGAAGCUCACAGUAUGCCGUUGGUCAUAAGCAAGAUGUCAUCCGAUGUCUUAAACGGCCACCGUAUAUCUAUCUACAAUGCUAUCCUCGACAUGGUUUCAACAUCCAACUCGGGGUCCACUCUGCACCAAGUCUGCGACGCUAUUGGGCGCGUCUAUAUCACAAAUACGACGACGCAUGCCCUUGCUGCUAGGUCUUCCCAGGCACAGUCAUACAGAAAGGCAAUCCUUGCUCUAAAUUCAGACCUUCGAGACCCUCGACUGUCCGAGGGUGACGAGACUUUAGUCUGCGUUUUUCUAAUGAGCGUUUAUGAGCAAUAUCAAGCUCUUCUGACAGGACAAGACUAUACCAAGGAGGCUUUGGUCUGGAUACAACAGUUUUAUGAGUGCGCUGCUCCGGCUGAAUAUAACAUCCUUCGGGUCGCCAUCUACUCCUACCACUGCACCCGAAUAUGCUUAUUCGCCCAAGGACUGAUCAACGCCGGUGACCCCGAGAUGGCCCUCUCCAGUUACCCCUCGGUACUACAGGAUAUGAACACCGUUGAAACACAACGGUACCCUCUAUCUGAUGAAAUAUGUCCGCAAGACCAUGUGAUCGAUCACCCACUCGGCCCAUACACACUGUUUCCUACCUCACUCCGACAUAUCGGUGUUCUUGUAUACCAAAGCACCUUUCGACUACAACUAUCCUGCAAGGUACAUUUGUUUCUACAGCAUGCUCUUCGUGCCCGUGCCUGCACACCACAGCAACAAACCCAGAUUUUCGACGCCCAGAAAUCCUGUCUUGAAGAGUUCCAAGCCCUGACAAAUCAAGUCCUGCACAUGCUAGCCGCAUUCUACCAGUUUGACUUUCUAACUUUGGGUCAAACAACGUCCAAUGAUCAGGCGGCUGUUUACAAAGUUGGUUUGUGGGAUGCAAUGCGCCUACUGUGGCCGUUGAGCAUCAUUUCCUUGUCUGCUCUUUCUUCAGACUGGCAGAGGGAUUCUGCUGCCAAAAUCCUUGAUAUAUUACAUACACAAGUGAGAUACAUAUAA